AUGCCUCCCUCCGCUCGUCCUGGGGGGAAGAAGCGCUUGCCCACCAGCUGCCAAGCCUGUCGUACGAGGAAAAUCCGUUGUUCUCGUGAUGCCCGGCCCUGCCAGACUUGUGUCGGUCGUGGCCUGACUGCAAAAGACUGUGUCUAUCUGGGGCAGCCCCGACUUUCAUCAGAGCGGCCGUCGGCCGGGAAUAAUGACUCUCGUGGGCAUCAUGAAUUGCUGGCACGGAUCCGCAAACUCGAGGAGAUGCUGCAGCGGCAGUCCGCGCCCUCCGCAGCCCCGAGUAGCGCAAGCUUCACCGGCGGUCUGGUAUCGCCGCAGCGUACGCCUAGUGCGACAGGAAGUAUGGCAAGCAUGCCCGAAGCCGACGGAGCUGGGGCUGGCGCCAGAGCCGGCAUCCGGAGUCUGACGGGCGUCGAGCUGGGCACCACCAGUCCCAUACUGGCAAACGCCGGCUCGCUGCAGACCUUCCCGUCGGGAUACGUGCGAUACGUGCCGCUGGCAUCGCAGUGGAAUUCGGUGGGCGCCGAGAACUCCACAACCGAUCAUCCGCAGCAAAAUCUGGAUGCCGAGGUUCCCGAGGAGGAGGAUGACCUCCAGAUCCCUCUGGUCCGGAAUGGCAGUGUGACACGGGCAGAGCUGCUGGCCAUUCUCCCUCCGAGCCGCUACUGUGAUUCCCUGAAGAGCGUCUACUUUCGCGUCUUCUCGCCGCUCUUUCACAUCCUUCAUGACCUGACAUUCGAGGCCGAGUACCAGCAGUUCUGCCAUGACGCGAGUAGCGUGUCUCUCUCAUGGCUUGCGCUGCUGUUCACCCUGCUGAGCAUCGCGGUCACUGCCCUUGAGGACAACGACCCGCUGCUGGCGGACCUGGGCCGAGAGAAGACGGUCAGCCGCAACAUCAAGGUCCUCUCGUCGCGAUAUCGAUCGGCCGCCAUGCGAUGUCUGGCCGCCGAUGGGGUCAUCGUCCACCAUUCAAUCAAUUCCCUGCAGGCACUCGUGCUCAUCAGCUACGCGCGCCUGCAUCGCGGCCUGUCGAUCUGGACUCUGCUGGGCUUCACCCAUCAUGUGGCAAUUGCUAUGGGCUGCCACAUUGACCCGGACCGCUUUUUUCUGGGACCGAUCGAACGCGAGGAGCGCCGCCGGGCCUGGGCCGGUCUUAUGAUACUGUAUAUUCGACAAGAAGCCGCCGUCGGCAGCCUGGACCAGCGGUUUCUGAUGCAGGAUGUGAAGUUGCCGGCCGACAUCAAUGACGUCGAUCUGCUCACGGGGACCGCUACGACCACCUCCACAUCGACAGACUCUAUUGAUCCGGAUCAGUGCGAUGACAGCCCCACGCAAAUGACCUAUCUACUGCUCAAGUUCCGGCUAUACAAGGUGUCAUCGCUGAUUCAUGACUCCCUCUUUGGGUUUUCCUAUCAUCGCCUGAUGACCACAGCGCAGCUGGAGAAUGAGAUCAUGACGAUCCUCAAAGCAGUCAAUGCCCGCUACCGGCUCGACACGCGCACCGAGCCGCUCCCUUCCCACCAUCUGGCUAACCUAAACAUCCUCUACAGCUCCGUCCACCAAUUGUUUCUGCUCCUCCUACGGCCUCAGCUGUGCCGCUACUUCCAGGGCGAGAUCACAGACGAGACGUGCGCCGCCCGGCUCAAGUGUGCUGCAUCCGCCAAAGCGUCGCUGACCAUCUACCAGACGAUGUUCGAGUGCCCAGAGUUCUCCCCUUACAAGUGGUAUAACAGCGGGCUAGGCAGUUUCCACGCCUUCCACGCCGCCAUCGUGCUGGCGGUCAUCCUGAUGAAUCUCGAAUCGCCGUCCGAAUACCAGGAUAUCAAAGCCAUCCUGACCCAUGCCUUGGAUACCUUUGCCGCUCUCUCGCUCCGUAGUCAAUUCUGCAGCAAGGCAGUGCCUGUUCUACGACGAAUCAUGUAA